AUGGAUCCCCUGCUGGCCAUCGUCGCCGAGUAUAUCGGCAAGGCAGACCGGGGAUUCAACGGCAUCUACCACACCAUGGCGGACCCCGAGUUCCAGUCUCUCGACUGCGAGCUGAAGAACAAGAUCAUUGCAGAACUCACUCGCCGAGCCAAACGGCAACAUGAAGCUCCGUCCUACAAGAAGCGCACAGAUAACGUCAGAGACUGCACUUCACCUGUCGAGUCCAAUGCGAACGAGGAAUGGGACAGGGACUGCCGAAUCGUCGAGGCCGAUGCACGAGCUGCCCUCCUUGCCGAUGGCUGUCCCCCUUGUUAUCCACCCGAACUCCCUGUCCCACUGCCGAAGACUCUUCCUUGCGAAUACUAUGACAUUAUCACCUUCUGGCGGCUUCAUCUGAACACGACCGACCACGUCCUCGCCGCCCAGCACGCCGACUGGCUUACCUUUCGUCGCUGGCAUCGGCGCCACGGCCAGCCCACCGAUCCUGCCCUGGCGCAGACACAGACACAGGCGCAGGCACGGCUGAAGAUGUGGGACGAGUUUCGUGCCUACCACGAGCGUCAGUACGAGACCAUCGUACGCCGUCGCGACAAGGCUAGAGUCAGCCAGACGCAAUUUCUCCAAAUGCAGCCCGGCAAAAGUGCUCAACAUCAAAUGGGCAUGUAUUCCAAGUUCUUUGCUUGGAUGGAGCAGCAGCGGGAGGACAUGGCGGAAGCGGCGCAAGUUGAGGCUGCGGCUCGUGCAAUGCUCACCAUGACCAAGCCCUAG